ACAAAAAGCUCAGCAUCAAGUCAUCGACAACUCUGGCUCCCCAAUUUUUCUUUCUCUUUUCAACUUCAACAUCCACAGCGUUCCUUUUUCUCGUGAUCCCUUCAGAAAAUCAGGCCAAAACAUUUGCGCGCUCUCUCUCUCUCUCUCUAUUUCUUUCAAAUAAAAGCAUACAUGUUCUGGUUACCUUCUCAUCCACUUGCAUAUCAUAUCAUUUCUUCUCCUGAUCUCCUCUCCUUUCUAUUCUCAUUUUUAGUGUGAUCGAUACGAUUUCCUUCAAUCCUUUCGUCACUGCAACACUUUAAUCUGUAUAUAAUGUUUAACGGACAUGUAGAAGUAAUCAGCAUUGCGAACUAGAGCUGAGGAAAUAUGGGGGGUCAUAGAGAGAGAGAGAUCAUGAACGAAGAAGAGGAGGAGAAGGAUGAGAAGCAGGAGGAUAGAGAGUAUGAAGUGACGGGUGUUAGAGAUAGAAUACACUCGUCGUUAGGGAGCAGAUUCAAUCUCAUAGAAAACGAGUUCGGGAUUGAGUCAGGGAAUCGCCGAAUGUUCAGUCGCGAAUCGGUAAUCAAUGGUAUUCGUUACGUCUCCAGGGGUCUCUUUAUUCAUCCUGAAAACAGAUGGUAUAGGGCAUGGACGAAGUUCAUACUAAUAUGGGCAAUCUACUCAUCCUUCUUUACACCCAUGGAGUUCGGUUUCUUCAGGGGCUUACCUGAGAACCUAUUCAUUCUGGACAUCGUUGGACAGCUUGCUUUCCUUUUCGAUAUCGUUCUACAGUUCUUCAUUGCCUACAGAGACAGCCAGACAUAUCGGAUGAUCUAUAAGCGCACUCCUAUUGCUAUUCGGUACUUGAAAUCUCAUUUUUUCAUUGAUUUACUUGCUUGCAUGCCCUGGGACAUGAUCUAUAAGGCUUGUGGACGUAAAGAAGAAGUGAGGUAUCUUUUAUGGAUUAGGCUAAGUCGGGUGCGCAAAUUAACUAAUUUUUUCCAAAAUAUGGAGAAGGAUAUACGAAUCAAUUACCUAUUCACAAGAAUUGUAAAACUUACAGCUGUAGAACUCUACUGCACACACACAGCUGCCUGCAUUUUUUACUAUUUGGCUACCACUCUUCCAUCCUCUGAAGAGGGUUAUACUUGGAUUGGAAGCCUAAAGAUGGGUGACUACAGUUAUUCACACUUCAGAGAGAUUGAUAUCUGGAAGCGUUAUGUAACAUCUUUAUAUUUUGCUAUUGUCACUAUGGCCACUGUUGGGUAUGGAGAUAUACAUGCUGUAAAUAUGAGGGAAAUGAUAUUUGUGAUGAUAUAUGUGUCCUUCGAUAUGGUUCUUGGUGCUUAUCUUAUUGGUAAUAUGACCGCGCUAAUUGUAAAAGGAUCGAAGACAGAGAAGUUCAGGGAUAAAAUGACAGAUCUCAUCAAAUAUUUGAACAGAAACAGACUUGGAAGGGACAUCCGUAACCAGAUCAAAGGCCAUUUGCGCUUACAGUACGAGAGUAGCUACACUGAAGCUUCUGUACUUCAGGAUAUUCCUAUAUCUAUUCGUGCUAAGAUUUCCCAAACACUAUACAUGCCAUAUAUUGAAAAAGUUCCCCUGUUCAAAGGAUGCUCCGCAGAAUUUAUUAAUCAGAUUGUUAUUAGGCUUCAUGAGGAGUUUUUUCUCCCAGGAGAAGUAAUUAUGGAGCAGGGAAAUGUUGUUGAUCAACUUUAUUUUGUCUGUCAUGGCGUACUGGAGGUGGUUGGAACAGGGGAAGAUGGAUCAGAAGAGACUGUUUCACUUUUACAACCUAACAGCUCAUUUGGAGAAAUUUCUCUCGUCUGCAAUAUUCCUCUGCCAUAUACUAUUCGCGUUUGUGAAUUGUGCCGGCUUCUGCGGCUUGACAAACAAUCUUUCUCUAAUAUACUUGAGAUAUAUUUUUAUGAUGGUCGUAAGAUCUUGAACAACAUUCUAGAGGGAAAAGAAAGCAGUCUUCGAGACAAGCAAUUAGAGUCAGACCUUGCAUUUCACAUUGGAAAGCAAGAAGCUGAACUUGCUUUGAGGGUGAAUAGCGCAGCUUAUCAUGGAGACCUCUAUGAGCUAAAAGGCUUUGCUCGAGCAGGAGCGGGUCUGAACAGAACAGAUUAUGAUGGAAGAUCACCCUUGCAUCUUGCUGCAUCAAGAGGUUAUGAAGACAUUACCCGUUUCCUUAUACAGGAAGGAGUUGAUAUUAACAUCAAAGAUAAAUUUGGAAAUACGCCCUUACUGGAAGCUAUCAAGAAUGGACAUGAUCAUGUCGCAUCUUUGCUUGUUGAAGAAAAGGCUGAAUUGAGCUUGGAUGAUGCUGGCAGUUUUCUUUGUUCAGUUGUUUCGCAUGGGGAUUCUGAUCUUCUCAAAAGGAUUUUGUCCAAUGGCAUUGAUCCAAACUCCAAGGAUUAUGAUCACCGAACCCCGCUUCAUGUAGCUGCUUCAGAAGGACUACAUAUGAUGGCAAAGUUGCUCAUAGAAGCUGGAGCUAGUGUUUUCUCGAAAGACAGAUGGGGAAAGACUCCGCUUGAUGAAGGUCGAAUGUCUGGAAACAAGAAUUUGAUCAAACUACUAGAAGAUGCGAAAUCUGCUCACCUAUCAGAAUUUCCUCCUCACUCUCAAGAGAUCACAGGGGAAAGAGGGUGUUCAGUGGUGGUUGUAUUGUCAUGCCUAUGUUUGGAGAACUAGACUUGAAGGAUGAACAGGAGUAGUUUCUUCAAUCAUUUGUUGACUGGGUCAAGCCAAAAGUGCAAUAAGAAAUAAAAAGUCAAGUUUUGUGGUGAGUUGCUGGGUAUAACUUUUGCUUAUGAUUUUGGUUACUGGAACUUUUCGUGCUAAGACGGAUGGGGUUAUUCUACUUUAACCUUGUUUCUCCUGGUUCAUACACAGUUGGAAAGAUUAUUUAAAUGUAAUAAUUCCUAGGUGAUUCCAUCUAGCAGCUUCUUUACAAAACACGUAGGCUAAAUACUAGAGAAAAGAAAUACACAAAAUUUUCUCAUUGUUGAUGCUUGAAUUGUUUAGCUGAGAAUUUCUAUUGCUAGUUACAGAGAAAAUACAAA